CUUGGGCUGUGCCCAGAAAGAAGCCCGAGCGAAGCAAGGAGCAGCGCAGCUGUCGCAGCAUGGAGGGUGAUUGCUCGGAUGAUUUCAAGGCGUUUGUGGCCUUGCACGGACCGGCGCUGAGCACGUCGGGGAUCCCACCCCAGUACUGGCAAAGCCUGUGGCAGAAACUGGACAAUGAGGUGUUUGAUGCUGGUGAGUAUUUUGGGAUAAUGCAAGUGGAGGAAAUAGAAGAGGAAGAAAGAGAAGAAGGAUUGAAAAAUAAACAAAAUCCUGGAAAUGAACUUUGUUACAAAGUGAUUAUUACAAAUGAAAAUGGACUUCAGGCGGUGAAUCCUAAUAGCAUUUUUCUUAUUGACCAUGCCUGGACGUACCGUGUUGAACAUGCCCGCCAGCAGCUUCUGCAAGUCCCUGGUCUGCUUCACAGAAUGGCCAACUUGAUGGGAAUAGACUUCCAUGGAGAAGUGCCAGAUGAGGGAACUGUUGAUCAGGUGUUGGAGGAAAUGUGGAAAUACAACCAAACCUAUCAGCUGUCUCAUGGGAGUGCAGAGGAGAAAGUUCCUGUCUGGUAUAUUAUGGAUGAAUUUGGAUCCCGAAUCCAGCAUUCUGAUGAGCCCACUUUUGCAACGGCCCCUUUAUUUUACAUGCCACAACAAAUUGCUUAUACCGUUCUCUGGCCCUUAAGAGACCUUGAUACUGGUGAGGAAGUGACCCGUGACUUUGCCUAUGGGGAAUCGGAUCGUUUAAUCAGGAAGUGUCGGCUGUUGCCAUGGCUACCUGGAGAUGUUCUAGAUAUCAGCUAUUUCACCAAUGAGCCAUCAGAAGAGCACUACCAGGCAAUCUUAAAUGAAAACAAGGAGAAACUACCCAUUUCAAUAAAGGCUCCUGUUUAUGACAAGAAAAAGAUCUUCAGAGUUUACACAGACCUUCAGCAGGUACUUCAGAAUCUAACUCAUCCCCGUUUUGCAUUUACGAACUCUGAGGAAGAAGCAGACAUACUCUACAACUUCUCUCACUUCAAAGAUUACAGGAAACUAAGUGAAGAAAGGCCCCAUGUUCUGUUGAAUCAAUUUCCAUGUGAGAAUCUCUUGACUGUGAAGGACUGCCUAGCUUCAAUUUCAAGACGAGUUGGAGGCUCAGAGGGGCCAAAAUGGCUGCCUCGUACUUUUAACCUUCAUACAGAGUUACCACAGUUCAUCAGUUACUUUCAGCACCGUGAAAGGAUUGGAGAAGAUAACCAUUGGAUAUGUAAACCCUGGAACCUAGCUAGGAGUCUAGACACUCACAUCACCAAGAACCUUAACAACAUCAUCCGGCAAAGAGAGAACAUCCCUAAGGUGGUGUCUAAAUACAUUGAGAAUCCAGUGUUGUUUCAUCUUGAAGAUGUGGGACUAGUUAAAUUUGACAUUCGUUACGUUGUGCUGCUGCGAUCAGUUCAGCCACUAAGACUAUAUGUUUAUGAUGUAUUUUGGCUACGGUUCUCAAAUAGACUGUUUUCACUUGAUGACUUGGAUGAUUAUGAGAAACACUUUACUGUCAUGAACUAUGCUCCAGGGGUAUCAUUAAAACAGAUCCACUACAAUGAAUUUAUUCCUCUCUUUGAGAAGCAGAAUUCAGAGUUUUCAUGGAAAGCUGUUGAAGAAGUGGUUUUUAAGGCAUUCGUUGAAUUAUUCCAAGCUGCUUGUGCGAAACCUGCACCUCUUGGCAUCUGUGAUUAUCCAUCAUCGCGAGCCAUAUAUGCCAUUGAUCUGAUGCUUAAGUGGGAUACAAGUGAUGGAAAACCAUUUAUGCAGCCUCAGAUUCUGGAAGUGAAUUUCAACCCUGAUUGUGACAGAGCUUGCAAAUACCACCCAACUUUCUUCAAUGACGUCUUCAGCACCCUCUUCCUAGAUGAACCCAAUGAUUGCCAUGUGACCUCCAUUGUCUAGCUCCACAUAGCUUGCUUGGCUAAUGUGUGCUUCACAAUAUUUAAAUAUCAGUUCUAUGAGCUGCUUAUGCAAGUAUUUUUCCUAUAUUGCUAUCAAGAUGAAUAUCAGAUGGAGCUUGCAUAUAAUGUCUGCUUCCCAGCCACCCCAAUUUUUCUCUGUCUCCUCAUUUUAACAUCAGCUCGUUUUUACAAUGUAUUUUUAUUGCAUAUUGAAGGUUCAGAGAAUGUAAAUAGCAACUUGAUUGCUUCUUCAUCUCAUUCAGGUUUUUUACUUGCUUAAAAGGAAGUAUCUGUGUAAACUCUCUCUGCUUGCUUUACAUUCAUAAUCACUGCAUCAAAGGUAAUUGAAGCCAUCUUUUCAUCUUCCUAAUGCCAUGUGUUUCCACCUUAGUUUGCUUUGUAUUGCAAACUAAUUUGAAGCCAAUUUAUUUCAGUCCAUAGCUUGCUCAUGUGACUACACAGAUUUCAACUUUAAUUGUAAUAAACAAUGUCACAACCAAA